GACACGUCCCCUGUGGCCUGAUCUGCCACCCCAACAAGGAGCACAUCCUCUAUCCCCUGGGAUGCACUGUGGUUAUUCAAGACCUGGACAGUAAGAAGCAGACCUUCUUGCAUGGCCACACCAAUAAUGUCUCCUGCGUCACCGUGUCCAGGGAUGGGAUGCUCAUUGCUUCCGGAGAAAUCACUUACAUGGGCUUCAAGGCAGACAUCAUCCUGUGGGAUUUCCCCAGGAAGGAGUUACUCACUCGGCUGACUCUUCAUAAGGGUAAAGUCGAAGGACUGGCGUUUUCUCCCAACAGCCUCUACCUCCUGUCGCUGGGAGGCCAGGAUGAUGGCAGCGUGGUAGUGUGGCACGUCAGGAAGAGAGAGGCCAUCUGCGGGAGCCCUGCCUCGCCGUGCAGCGUGGGGAACGCGACUGUCGUGGUGUGCUCCAGCUGCAGGGAUGAGAUGUUCGUCACUGCUGGAAAGGAGACUGUUCGGGUCUGGGAACUGGAUCUACCAAACAGGAAAAUCCGACCGACUGAAUGCCGGAUAGGGAAGCUCAGAAGAGUCAUCAUCAGUAUUCAGAUGGCAGAGGAUGAUAAUUAUUUUUAUGUUGGCACAACAACUGGUGAUAUCGUGCAAGUGAGUACCAACAGCAAGGUGAUGACUGCCUAUGGGCCCCAGAAGGAGCCAUUUAGUUCG